AUGAAUUCAGAUAAUGCUAAGAACUUUGUUGGAGCGAACAAUGAAUUGAAGAAACUGUCGAAGCAGUUAACUGAAAUGAUUAAAAGUAAUAAAGUUCAGGAAUUUUUAUCAAGUAAGGAAAUUAAUUGGCGUUUCAUACCGUCUAGAGCACCUCACUUUGGAGGUCUUUGGAAGGCUGGGGUAAAAUCCUUCAAGCAUCAUUUUGUUCGAAUAGCUGAAAACACAUUGCUCACGUAUGAACAACUGCAUACAUAUGUCGUUGAGAUUGAGGCAAUCCUCAAUUCGCGUCCUCUCACCCCAUUGUCUUCCGAUCCUAACGAUAUCCUCCCACUCACUCCAGCUCAUUUCUUGAUUGGGAGUUCUUUGACUGCUUUACCGGAAGAAGAUUUACGUCUUGUUCCAGAAUACCGCCUAAACUGUUGGGACUUGGCUCAACAAAAGAGACAGCAUUUCUGGAACCGAUGGCAAAAGGAAUAUUUAAAUGAGAUGAUCGCACGCAGCAAGUGGCAAUCGACGACUCACCAAGCCAACAUCGCUAUCGGGACUCUUGUGGUUGUCAAGGAAGGCAAUCUCCCCCCUUUGAAGUGGAGUCUCGCACGCAUCAUCGAGAUUCACCCAGGACAAGAUGGAGUCGUCCGAGAAGUAACUUUUAAGGGUAAAUCUGGUAUCGCUAGACGUGCGUUGAAAACAUUGUAUCCAUUACCCAUCGACUAA